UCUCUCUGCUGCGCUGCGGACCGAACAAGUCAAGACAGUGCACGCUCCUCCGCUCUGCGAGUCCGCUGGCUGGCGCUGAGUUGUGCUUGUUUUCAGGGCUUACCAGGGAUCAUGAUCUUCCUCACCUUCUCUCUGUUGCUGAUCCUGGUGACCAGCGAUGCUGAGCCUCAAAAUGUUGCACUUCGUGGUCGUGCAACACACUCUACAAAUGUGGGCAGCCCUAGUGCCGCCAUCAAUGCCAUCGAUGGAAAUACGGAUCCUCUCUGGGCCCGUGGAACGUGUUUUUCUUCCCAAUCUGAGCUUUCACCCUGGUGGAGAGUGGAUUUAUUGAAAACGCAUAAAAUAUCACAUAUAACCAUCACCAACCGAGGGGACUGCUGCGCCGAUUACAUCAAUGGGGUCGAAAUUCUCAUUGGAGACUCCCUGGCCAAUAACGGGAAUAACAACCCAAGGUGCGCCAAAAUUACAGCAAUUCCACUGGCCGGAACUCAAACCUUCCAAUGCAAUGAUAUGGCGGGUCGAUAUGUGAACCUCAUCCGAACUGGAAUAUCAGGACAUCUGACCUUCUGUGAGGUUCAGGUCUUCGGAGUUCCUCUUAAUAAUUGUUACUACCAUACAUAAUGGAAAAGGGACCAUAUGGAACAAACAUGAAAGGGCUCAUAAGUAAAGCGACUGUGAAUGACCUAAUA